GGAAGAAAAUAUGCCGGUAGGUAGAGGUAGAAGCAGCAAUGAUCUAAACACGAAGAAGUUGCCAUAACCGCAAUAGUUCGAUAGUAGAAGACGGGGCAAACAGACAGUGAAUUCGCCAGAGUACGUACUCCGUUAGUUGUGUUGCGUAUUAUACCGUUGUUUUUAUUUGAAAGAUAAACAAAUGCUCGUACAUCUUAUAGACGUACAUAACGGUUCUUCAUAUUAGAGCACGAAUACCUGUCCAGUCAUUCAUGAAAUAUUUUCCCAUGAACUGAAAUCUCCCAUUCCCGAAUAUGUGAAAACUCCGAAAAGAAUAAGUGUUUGAAAAAAUCCUAUAAUACCAAUGUGAGCAUUGCGGUUAGUUUUUCCAGAGACUAUGUGAAAUAUGUUGAAGAACUUUUGGAUUAUACCCUUAUUUUGUGCUAUCCAAGUAGGCUGCAUGGAUAAUUUUACACAAACAGAUUGUGAGGAACCCGCCUGCCUCAAAUGUGGACGUGCAGGGUGUGUCAAAUGCCCCCAGAUGAUUAUGUUUGCGACCAGGAAGUGCGUGAACACCUGCCCAUUUGGUCACAAACCCUCCUGGAGUACAUAUUCCGAAUAUAUGGGACUGAUAUGCAUACCGAACGGCAAUUUUAUGGGUCUUUCUUACGAUCUCCUAGCAAUCGUAACUGGUAUUCUCACAGGAACGAUGAUUUGCUUAAUUUUCGUUGCAGGAACACUUCUCUACUUCAAAUAUCGAAGAAAGAAAGCGCCCAGAAGUAUAGAAUCAUCCAGUGAUAUAGAAGAUACUCUGGAGAAACGUAGGGAGUUUUUCAAACAACUGGAGGGUUUUAAGCCUUAUGCCCAAUUUUUUCUGGAUAUGCUGAACGACACUCGCAAAAGAGUACGGGAUUUGUCUACCGAAGGCGAUAACUGUGCUAUACAGGCCUAUAGACCAGUUGUAAGAGAUCUCACUAAAAUUCUCAUCAUACUCAAUAGAAAUCCAGAACAAAUCACUGUCCCGGAUGACUGGGAACACCUCCUUGCUUGGGCAGAACAAAUAUUACAACGUUACAAGCGAGUAAGCGGGUGUUCCCAAGGGCAAGUUACUCAACUUGUAAAUUUUCUGCAAAAACCAGCUGUCAUAGAACAGGAUUCCACAGAAGAUCUCAAAGGAUCGACAACGAUGUCUACCUUCAAACCCGAUCUACCGCUCACGGCAUCCACAAGCCUUCAAGACAUUGCUGUACAUAAUUUCAAUUCGAAUUAUGAUUCAAGAUGUCUACCUUCCUUCAAUCCACAGUGGAAAUUUCAGUAUUCCUUAGUUUCAAGCAAUGCUCCGACGACGGAAUUCAACCCUACUCUAUGGAAGAGUAGCAAAGAGUAUCUCAAUAGUACGUGGCUUAUUGAUGAUGAUUUCCUGCAGUUGGGUUUUAGGCCUCAAGAUGAAAUCACGACUGAGUUAUAACCAAGGUAUUUUGGUUCUACCAGAUUUGCUAGUCACUAGUUUUAUAAAUUUUAUAUUUGUAUUAUAGUUAAUGAAAUAUAUUUUUGAGAUUUUCA